AUGUUAAAGAAUGAAAUAUUUUAUUAUCUGGAUGACAUACAGACUGGUAUUAAAUUAGUCAAACAUAUAACUGUACCCAAAUUGGAUGAUAAUAUCAGAUAUAGUUGUGUSACUAAAUUUGACUGUCCAUAUGUGGAGAAAGAAUAUCGUAUAAAAUGUGAACAAUUAGAGGACAUUACUUGGUUUAUACCACGUAAUUACACCGAAUACGAGCUCAUGUAUGUCAAUGGUUAUGAUGACAAUAAUAUUGAUGAUACCGGUGCCAAACGUAUUGUUUAUAACACAAUUGAACGAUUUUACUUAAAAGAUAAACGAUAUUAUAUUAUCAAAAGUGAUUUACUUAUAAUCAACUUCGGUAUUAUACAUAACGGUGUCUAUUAUUGCAGUCAUGACCGAUACAAAAGUAGAGAAUCAUUUGCCUUAAAGACUAUCGGUCAUAUGGUUGAUGGCAAGUGCAGAUAUGAUGAUCACUGCCAAAGUAACAUAUGUCAUAAUAAAAAGUGUAAAUGCAAUAAGGGUCAGGUAUACAUAUCGGACAGUGAUCAGUGUGUAAAUUCUAUUAAAUUUGACGAUCAGUGUCAAUAUGAUGCUCAGUGCUCGCAAAUAUUGGGCAAAGGUAGGGCCAAAUGUGUAGACAGUCGGUGCAAAUGUCGAGAGUCGUAUACAAUGGCAAAUAUCACUAUGAAUAGGAAAAUGUGCUAUAAAAUUGCUGAUCUCAACCAACAGUGCAAAAGUAGUGCCCAGUGUUCAGCUGGCAAUGAAAAUGCAUUUUGCGGAAUGUCUGGAUGUCAGUGCAAAAGUGGCUACAAAUUGGAUGUCAAAAGUAAUGAAUGUAUAGCUCGACGACAGUGCGAUUCAUCGGCACUGGGAUUCAAUGACAAAUAUGAACGGGGAGAUUGCGCUUCCGGUGAAUUUUGUCGCCAAUCAGUAUGUCUAUGUCUACCAAACUAUAGACUAUCCACCGAUGACGACAAGUGUCACGCGCCAAAUAUAUCCGAUGAAAAAUGGUACAACAAGUAUGGCUAUUAUAUAAUCGCUGCAAUGGCUGUACUAUUGAUACUAAUUAUUGCAUUAAUUGUUAUUCAACUUAGAAGAUAUAGACGAAUACGUGGUUUACAAAACCAACAAAGUCACGAUAGUAGAGAUGUACUCAAUGAGAGCUAA